CUCAACUCCAUUUAAAUGUUUCUUCUCCCAUUCCCUUUUCUCUUGAUAUUCCGCCAAAAUCCACACGGACAAUUGAGUGAAUUGACAAGAAACCUCGCUCCCUUUUCCCAGCAUUCCCACAAAAAGCGAAGUCAUUACUGUUCCUCCUCCAAUCGAAGGGAGUGCAGCAGGGAAGAUUUUAAUCUUCCAUUUCUGCCGCCGCUUACCCUGUUGUUCUCCGACAAGCCUAUGUUAACUCCCGACAGUUCUGCAGCAAAGCCCGUCCUAAGUAGACAACUCCUGCUGUCAAACAAUUUCUUACCCGUUUGGCUUUCUGGGUUCCAUCAUUUUCUCUCCGUUUUUGCUGGGGCAAGACCAAAUGCUGCCCUGUCUCAGGCCGUCAUCAUCUACAACAACGACAAAUACCCAAUUUUCACAAUCAACCGUGGAUGGGAUUUCUGUGGCAAACACGCCAAGGUCGAGUGACCAAACCACUCCUUCUGUUGACCUCACUCGAGAAUAUAACCUUGCUAUUCAAACCUCGUCCUGUUGUGAGAUAUGGUCCAAGAUUCACUAUGAAGUCCCCUCUGAUCAGGAUGAAGUUGUUAAUUUCCAUGAUGAGCCACUGCAAGUAGAAGAAGUCCUUAAACCGAGUCGUGAAUGUGUUGAAGAAGCGUUUUCUCGUGUUAGACCUGACAACCUUAGCCAACUUGUCAUUAACUACUUUAACCAUAGUGAGCAUACUACUCAGUCCUGUCUGAGCCUUAUUCAAUGCAUCCACCGGGCUCGCCAAAUAUAUUCCCCCCUUCAUAAACUUAUUGAUAUAUUUCCCAUAGAUUUUGAAACGGCUACCAAUUCCUUAUCCCAGGCCCAAUGUGAUUGGGCGUUUGAUGCCUUUGUUCAAUUUGACAAACUAGACAAUCCCUUCCCAGGCCCCGACUCCUACAGCUUCGUUGAUAUGCACGGCUGCUUCUCUCAGCUCAAGCAACAGCUCGACAUUCGUCUUCAAAAGUCACGAUCAAAGGUACAACUUCUUCGUCGUGGCACCAAAGGUGCUGCCAUAUGUUUAACUAUAACUACUUUUGGAGUGGUCGUAUCUGCAAUUGUCAUAGCUACUCACGCUCUCGUUGCCUUGGUUGCCGCUCCCCUAUGCCCGCUUCUUUUUACUUCCAAGAUGACCAAGGAAGAACGGGUCCAUCUAGUGCAACUUGAUGAUGCAACGAGGGGGAUUUUUGUCCUUCACAGUCACCUAGAAACCAUUGAUUGCCUGGUCGCUCGUUUACAUAAUUCUGUGGAGGACUACAAGCGCCUUAUCCGGUUUGGCCUUGAAAGAGUCCAGGACAAUUAUCCCAUCCAGGAGGUCAUAUUGCAACUGCAAAAAAAACAUAACAAUUUCCUCGACCAGCUGACAGGUCUCGAGGAACAUCUGUGCCUUUGUUUCGCUGCUAUUAACCGCGCCAGAUCUCUCCUCCUUUCUUAUUUCCAUCUUCACAUUUAACAAAUACACAAACUGAUUUCUGCAGUGUAUGAAUACAUUAAGGAUCGAGCGCGUAUCCAGAAAACCUCUAUUGUUCCUCAACUUGGCCAUCCAUGUACGUAAUUGCAACUGCAGCGUGAAGAGCUGCUCCUAUGGGUAGAACGCGUUCAUCAAUGGUGAAGCGAGGAUUGUGUAUCUCUUUCAUAGGCUUCAUCGUCUCAUUGCUUACACCAAUAAAAAAGAACGCAGCUUUCAUUCUUUGUGCAUAGAAGCUGAAGUCCUCUGCGCCCAUGGUGAUCUGGGCAAGCUCCACGUGUUCCUCACCGAGCAGGGUUUCUCCAACUUUCUUGGCGUGUUCAUACAUUGCUUGAUCGUUAACUGUUGGUGGGUAGGGCGUCCGGUCACCCUCCAAGAAAGUAACCGUUGCAGUGCAUUGGUGAACAGCUGCUUGAGUCUCGAUGAUCUGUAUGUAUUGUAAGCAUCUCCAGUGUCAUUCAUACAAACCAACUGGUUGACAUCUUUAUGGUCACAAAGAUAAAAUGCAAAAACUCAAAAAAA